AGCUUCACUUCUGUCCAGCAGGUGGCAGCAGCAGGCUGCGUUUCACCGCCGUUGAAACAGGAAGCAGUUGCGUCGGUAGCUUCCGGUUAGCUUCGUUAGCUCGUGUGUCUCAGGCCGUGUCCAGGUGUGUUGUGAGUCUGCGCAGCAACAAUGUGUUCCGUUGAGCCUCUGAGAGAGUUUAUCAGAGAGAGACUAACUGCUGCUGCUGAAGAAAUCUUCACCCAGCUGGAAAAAACCAUCGUCCAGUACGAGGAGGAGAUCGACCGGCAGCGGAGGCUGCUGGACCUCAGCUGGAGACCCCGGGUCAGCUUACAGCGAGCAGAACUCCCAGGUCAGGAGAAGGACGUCCAAACGGGUCAGCAGGAUUCUGGCAAACAGACUGACUUCAGUUUGGACCAAGAGAAACCAGAACAAUGGCAGAUGAUGGAGGAAAGAGAGGAAUCCGACCCACCACAGAUGACACUUAUUCUGGAGGAACCAGAACUUCUGCAGCUGAAGGAGGAGGACGGAGAAAUCUGGAUCAGUCAGGUUGAAGAGCAGCUGGUUCUGAAUCAGCAGACUGAUUCUCUCCUGAAGGACAGAGAACCAGAACCAGACGGAGACCAGCGCUCGUCUCAGAGCCAUCAUGACGCUCAGAACCAGAGCCACGAUGGAAACUCGGGUCCAAGCAGAGCUGAAGGUUUGAAACAGAGCAGCAGAGGUAGAGCUAAAGGAAAGAGGCACAGAGUUGGGAAUCGGGCUUUUUGCCAAAUUUGUGGUAAAAGUUUCAACCAGUUUUAUUUAUAUAAUCACAUCAGAACGCACACAGGCGAGAAGCGUUUCUCCUGUAAGAUCUGUGGGAAAGGUUUCAUUCAAAGCUACCAGUACACUGUUCACAUGAGGACUCACACGGGGGAGAGGCCUUUCUCAUGUCACAUCUGCGGGAAACGUUUUGUUCAGAAGAAUAACGUAGUAACUCACAUGAAGGUCCACGUAGGUGAGAAAGGCUUCGCCUGUGAGGUCUGUGGUGUGUGUUUCUCUCUCAGCGCUGAUCUGACUCGCCACAUGGCCGCUCACUCCGAGGACAAACCUUUUACGUUUCAGCCGCCGGAAUGAGGCUGCAGCCAUUUCUAACUCCUCACAGCAGACAGAGGAGCAAAUCAUUUCAGCUGGUUACUCUUAAAUGCUUCAGGUUAAAAUGAAGAAACUUUCCUGCUAUGAGAGUAAAACUCCUCUGUUGAACAGCAACAUAUUAAAUUCAUGUACUUUUUAUUUCAGGGCAACAAAAUGAGUGUCUGUCUGGGAUCCUUCACUUUAGGAUAAAAGUCUUUAGAGGAAACAAAUAAAUGAAAAGGCAAACUACAUGAAAUAAAUAUGAAUUCAAUGCAUCAAGUCAUUUGAAACUAAUGAUCAAAGUUGAAUUUGUGUUGGCAGAGAAACGGCGGCCAGGUGUGUUUAGGUCACGUGAUGCAGUGAAGGAUUGUGGGUCGUUAACUGACAGGAACAUGCAGACAUGGACUUUCAGCAGCUUCACUGUUUGGGGAAAAACCCUUUAGAAAAAGGUUUUUUCUUUAAUUGUGUAAGUUUCUGGAUUUAAAAUCCUGUUUGACCAAAUGAGUGACGACGUUCCACUUGAUACUGAAACACAAACACAAUUAAUUUGUUUUCCAUUAAAAUUAUGACGUGAUGAUCGCAGUAUUUUAAUAUGUAAAUAAUAUCAGCACAUUCUGAACUCUAACAAUCAUCAUUUCAGGCUUGAAUCUCUGGCUGCAUGCAGAACAUCAGAUUAUGAUGGUCAGAUUAUGAUGGUCAGAUUAUGUAGCGUCUUAUUCUGAAGGUUUGUUCAUAUGUAGGAUUUCACUGUUUUGCUUGUUUUUUACAAAGUUUUGCUUCUGUUAGUUUCUGAAGUUUCUCAUGUAUCUUUCUGUCACUUUGAGUUCAUGUUUCAUUCAACAGGUUUGUUCUGUAGAGAUUUGGACUCUUUCUGUUUCAGUCGGUUUGAUCUGCAGUUCAGUCUUUGGUUACUCAGGUUAAUGAGUUAACUAGUGUAACCAACUGGUAGGCGGACACUUAGUGAUUAAAGAUGCAGAAUAAAGCAGUAAAGACAAACAAUGAUCAGUGUAUUAAAAUAAAUUAAAGAAGGUAAGUUAAGUUUCAAGUUCGACUCAAAAGCUGCUGAGUCUGAAUUCAACCAUUUCAUCGAGAAUUUUGUCCUUUUAUUUGUCCUGAGUUUCAUAAAAUGUUUUUUUUAAUCAUUUUUAAAUGUAUUUAAAUCGUGUCCCUGGUUCCCACAGCUUGUUUUGUUGGGUUUCUCUCUGAUGAUCUCAGAUUCAAACUGUUGAUGAUUAAAGACAUGAAACCAAAACCAUUUCUGACGUUGAGUCUUCAAAACUGAACUUUGACCUUUUGUUUAAACAGCCAAGACCAAAUGUUUUUGAUUCCAGAUGAAAUAGUUUUGUCUCUUAAUCUGAAUGAAAGAACAGUUUUCAAUGGACACAAGAAGCUUCAGGAAACGUCCUGACGUCUCUUCAUGGUCAGACCUCUGUGUUUGUUUUCAUUAGUUAUUGAUUGAACCAGCAGCUGUUCAUUUGACUCCUUAUCAAAUAUUCAUAUUGAAGCCAGAAGCAGCGAACGGAGCGUCUGAACUCUGGAUCUGUUGUUCAUGACAAUCAGAUGAAACUGAGAUAAAACGUCUUUUCUGUGAGCCUGUUGCUACACCUGACUGCAGGUGGCGCCGAUGGCCUGAAUACACUUUUCUUUAUUAAAUACGUUUUAAUAUU